UGGGGGUGGGCGGCUAGUUUUUGCAACGGCUAAGAGCCUGUAGGUUUAUUAUAAGGCGGAGCUCGGCGGGAGAGGUGCGGGCCAAAGCAGACGGAGCUUAGCGCAAAGGAAGGAAUCUGGCAGUCCGGAGCUGACUCGAGCCGGCGGAACCUGCAGCCCUCGCUCAGGACAGCAGCGCGCUGGGCAGGCGCCCGGGACAGCAGCAAAGCGCAGCGCAAUCAGCAGAGCCGGCCCGCAGCUCCGCGCACCCCGCAACUCCGACCCGCGCAGCCCGCCGAGCUCCGGCCGCCGGUCUGGGCAGCAUGAGGCGCGCGGCGCUCUGGCUCUGGCUCUGCGCGCUGGCGCUGCGCCUGCAGCCUGUCCUCCCGCAAAUUGUGACCGUAAACGUGCCUCCUGAAGACCAGGAUGGCUCCGGGGAUGACUCUGACAACUUCUCUGGCUCAGGCACAGGUGCCUUGCCAGACAUCACUUUGUCACGGCAGACUUCUUCCACUUGGAAGGACGUGUGGCUCCUGACAACCACACCCACCGCUCCAGAGCCCACCAGCAGGGACCCCGAGGCUGCCUCCACCGCCGUCCUGCCGGCUGGAGAGAAGCCUGAGGCGGGAGAGCCGGUGCUUGUCGCAGAAGUGGACACUACUAGCUUCACCGCUCGGGACACGGAAGUGGAGGUCACUACCAGGCCCAGGGAGACCACACAGCUCCUCAUCACUCAACGGGCCUCAACAGCCAGAGCCACCACAGCCCAGGCACCUGUCACAUCUCUUCAUCCCCACAGAGAUGUGCAGCCUGGCCUCCAGGAGACCUUGGCUCCCACAGCACCUGGCCAGCCUGACCAUCCCCCUCCAAGCGUGGCGGAUGGAGGUACUUCUGUUAUCAAAGAGGUGGCCGAGGAUGGAGCUACCAAUCAACUUCCUACAGGGGAGGGCUCCGGAGAGCCGGAUUUCACCUUUGAAGCACCUGGGGAGAACACAGCUGUGGCCGCCAUAGAGCCUGACCAGCGGAAUCAGGCCCCAGUGGAUGAAGGAGCGACAGGUGCCUCUCAGGGCCUUUUGGACAGGAAGGAAGUGCUGGGAGGUGUCAUUGCUGGAGGCCUGGUGGGACUCAUCUUUGCUGUGUGCCUGGUGGGUUUCAUGCUGUACCGGAUGAAGAAGAAGGACGAGGGUAGCUAUUCCUUGGAGGAGCCCAAACAAGCCAAUGGCGGUGCCUACCAGAAACCCACCAAGCAGGAGGAGUUCUAUGCCUGAUGGAGGAAGGAUUCUUCCCCCACACCCCUCACCCCUGCCACUCACCAGGCUCCCACUCGUUUCUUCUGUGAAAAACUUCAGGCCCUGGCCUCCCCACCACGGUGUCGCCUCCUCAGCACCCAGACCCUUCCAGCUAUUCCUGCCCGAGCAGUCCCAGGGUGUGCUGGAAAUUCACUCUACUUCUUUGACAUCUGCCUAGAAGCUUGGGCGCAAAGGAUUUCUUGCCUCUGACCUUCCUACCACAGCCACACCCGACGUCCACUCUUCCGACUUGGUUUCUCCAAAGGGGAGGAGACCCAGCUCUGGAGAGAAAGAGGAACCCGACUGCUUUGGACCUAGAUGGCCCAUUAUGGCUGGACGAUACGGGGUGGGGGGACAAGGGAGGGGCCUCGGCUGCCAUGCCAUAGCACUUACCCGUAGAGACCGCUUACCCACGGUUGGCCAUGCUGUGGUAGGGGAUGGAGGCCAGGGCUCCUUGGAAUUCACUUCACAUUGUGGGGAAGUCUACCUUAGAUAUCAACUUGUUUUUGCACAUGUUUUCCUCUAGUUUUUCUGUUCAGAGCCCCAGUCGGCUUUACUUUCUGGGGUCAGGAAGUCAGUUGACUGGUGUCCCCCAUCUUGCUUCCCUCAUCUACAUUCAAGAGACAGCAUCAGGGUCAUUAAGACUUUUUUUUUUUGUUGUUUUUAUUUUUAAUUAACCUAGAAGAACCAAAUCCGGAUGCCAAAAUGUAGGCUUAGUUUGUGUGUUGUCUCUCUCUAAGUUUGUCGAUAGCUCAUGCGUGCAACAGGGUAUGGACUAUCUGUGUGGUGCCCCAUUUUCUGGUGGUCCGUAAGUAGGCUGGCUAGUCCAGGAUGCCAUGGGGUAGCCACCUCUUGACCAGUCAUGCCUGUGUGUCUGAACUCAGGGCCAUGGCCGUGGCCUGGGCCACUGCGACAUUGGAAGAGCCUGGGUGAGAACUCCUAGAGCAACCGGCUAGGGACGGAGGAGGGGAGAAGACUGUGGGGUGGGGGAAGGGCUGGCAAGGGUGCCCAAGACUCUCCCACCUUUUGGUACCAUCUCUGGUCACCUUUCUCCUGGAAGUUGAUAAGACACAUCUUGAGUACGGCUGGCACACUGGCUCCUCCAUCGAGAACCAAGUUGACCUUCAGCUCCUGCGGCCCUGCCCCAGGCUGGAGUCAGAAAUGCUUCCCAAAGAGUGAGAGUCUUUUGCUCUUGGCAAAACGCUACUUAAUCCAAUGGGUUCUGUACAGUAGAUUUUUGCAGAUGUAAUAAACUUUAAUAUAAAGGAGUCCUAUGAACUCUAUUGCUUUUUUUGCUUCUUCUCUGGGCUGGUGGUGUAGAUGUAGCCAGCCUUUUCUCAAACCCUGGGAGCUCGGGGAGCUCGGCUCAAGGCUAUGUGCCUCCAUUUCUUCGAGGGGUAGGAUCCUGGGUCCAGGAUUCCUCUUAAUUUUUUGUUUGUUUUUGUUUUCUUUUGGGCCAAACUUCUUUUGGAAGUUGGUAGGUUCAGCCAAGGUUUUCCGGGGCCCAAUGUCUGCUCUUCUAAAUGGUUUAAGUAGCUGGGACUCGAGUGUAACUUGACCUGGGGUCACUAGAGUCACGCUUGGUUUGCAGAGUAGACACCUGGGGACAGCCUUCUUCCCACAUGUUUGCUGAGACACUUUUCGAGGACGCCGUGCUUAUUUACCUCAACGAUGUUCCAGCUGCUGGCGAGGCUGCUUGGUGGCUCAGCUAGACAAAAGACCGGGGGCCCUGUGUUUCAUCUCGGAACCUAUUGCCAGAACGUAAUGCCUGGAUAUGAUGGGGGGUGGGAGGUGGGGUCAGAUCUGAGACAGCACUCAGCUGAGAGCUUGUGAGACAGUGGUCAAGCUGGGCCCGUUCAUGUAAUUGCA